AUUGGUAUUGCUUCAACAUUGUUCAUUUGUUCUUCCUUGAGAAUAAUGCUACUUUAUUCCGAUAUGUCUUUUAUUUUUAUUCUGAUAUAUUCUGUGUAGAUCGGACUGUUGAUUUUGUGUAUCUUGGUUUUGAUUGGACUAAAAUGUUCCAAUUUUUAUCAAGCGUUUCUUUAGUUUUCAGCCUGCUUUAUUUCAACCAGCUUCUAUCCUUCCUCGAAGCAGACAUAGUUUCAAGUCAUCUGUUGAAAUUUGAAAUUAACCCACUAUGAAUUUGUUAGCAUCGAUUUUCUUGAUAGUUGUUUGUGGCACCGUAUCCCUGUUUACGGUAGCUGGAAAUAUUUUGGUCAUGAUUGCAUUUGCCAAAGAGCGUAAAUUGAGACGCUGGAAUAAUUACUUCCUCAUAAAUUUAGCUGUGGCUGAUACCCUGGUCGGAGCAAUAUCCAUGCCAUUCUACACAAUUUACCUACUCGAAGGUCGAUGGCGUUUCGGACCCGUGAUUUGCGACCUGUGGCUGACCCUGGACUACACAAUGUGUACGAGCAGUUGUCUCUCCAUUUUGGUGAUAUGCGUGGAUCGCUAUUGGUCACUCGCCUAUCCAAUCACAUACCGGCGUUUCAUGAGCACAGUGGUCGUCUUCUCCCUCAUCAUUCCCACCUGGCUCAUCCCCAUUCUACUGUAUGGCAUCGGAAUAUUCGCCAUUCAUCAGUUUGGAGCGAGAGACAUUGAGCCGGAGAAGUGCUACGUGCACUACUACGACGACCCCUUCUUCACCAUAGUGUCCACUGUGAUCAACUACUGGGCGAUCAUUGUCGCCAUUCUCAUCCUCUACUACAAAAUAUACAAAAUUACCAAGUUCUUCUGGAGGAAGAAGCGCACUCGAAGUGUACCUAACAACGCAACCUCUGUUUCGCCUCCUCUUAAAAGUCUAGUUAAUGUGACGACGAAAAAAGGGAAACAGAGUAAGAACAACGCAGACACCAGCUCGGAUUCGGAUGACGAAAACGAUUCGGAGGAUGAGAAAAAAGCAGAAGCCGAAACGAUGAUUCCAAAAGGCUGUGCUGCAGCCGAGAUUAAUUCGGCCAAGAGUGACGAUCUUCUGAAAAAGCCGAAUGGAGGUUUGUUCUUGGAUAUUUCUGCGUUGAACGGCCAUAAAAAUAAUGACGGGGACACUUCGACAUCCCCAGCGACUACCACGUCUACUGCGAUGACUAGCUGUUCGACCUUCGUAACAGUCGAAGAGCCGAGUCUGAAAGUGAGCUGCUCGCAGCAGCCGCCGAAGCCACAAGUAAAUCAACAGAAAGGCAACUCGAAAGCGAUGCGAGUCUUGACUGCAGUUCUGUCCUCUUUCAUUAUUUGCUGGACUCCUUACGCCGUCUUCGUCAUUGUCCUAAGUUUCGACGGCACCUUGAUACCUAAUGGAGUUUUCUACACGUCUUAUGGGUUGUGCUAUAUCAACUCGUUGUUCAACCCGGGACUAUACGCUUAUGCUAACGAAAUUUUCAGACGCACUUUUUGGAAAAUUUUGCGCUGUCGUUAAAGUAGACACGCACCGCAGCUUAAAACUUCAAUGAAUAGUUAAUGCUGCGGUCAUACUACGCUUUCGAUUAGGAAGCGGUAUUUUAUUUUGUACAAAAAUUAUGGCAUUAUUUUAUUUGAGGGUCGUUUUACUCUCUUUUGUUUGUAUGACCGGUUCGAUUUUCACGGACAUUGGUUGUAAUGAAAUCAUGCGUAGUUUUCAUGUGUCAAUGACAAAUAAUUUUUUGUAUUCGAUAGAACUUCGCAGUGUAAAACUGUUUGACUAGAUUUGUAACAUGUUUAUAAAGUUUAAGCAAAACAAAUUCAUUGUACUGAACUUAGUGGUGACAGAUCUUGUUGGCACCCAGGAGAAAAGAUGUUUGUUUGCGACUGACUUGCCUUCGAAGACGACUUCGCUUAGACAAAAUGAAAUGCAGCUGAGUUUGAAAAAAGUGAGUGGCGUUGUGGCUUGUUUCGGCACAAUUCGACAAAUUCAUUUUUUAUCAUUGCAUAUUCCCGUAUAUUACACCUGAUAGAAUAUCAAAUACCCUUGGUACCUAUAUUUUGAUUUAAAAUUCUGGCCUCGCUUUUUGAAUCUGCUGAGAGAAAAGGAUCUCUAAUUAAAAAUCCCCCAUUGAGCUUGCUGUAAUGUACUCCUGUUUACUUUGACAGUUCUUUGGGAUAUGAGGAAGUAGAACAAAG